AUGCCGUUCAAUUUCGUCCAACUGAAGAUAGCGGAGCUACUGCCGAUUGUAGGCUUGGAUGAGGCCAGUUUGAAGAUCCUCAUUUGUACCCUUCUCUCUUUCCCGUUUGGGGUAAUCUUCAAGAGACUUCCAGACCAAAGCUAUACAUUGAAGAACUUGUACAAUUUGGCUGUUUCGUCGUUGUACGUAUUUGGAAUUCUCAAUCUCCGAAGUGGACUUGUCACAUUGUUGAUUUCAGCCACAGGAACAUAUUUCAUCACCCGAUACUUAAGAACCAGUUCGAUGCCAUGGGUCAACUUUAUCUUUCUCAUGGCCCAUUUGUGCUACUCCCAUUUGCACACUCAAUUCUUUGUGACAUUUGAUCAGACCAAGAUUGACAUCACGGGAGCUCAGAUGGUCUUGGUUAUAAAGCUUUCUUCCUUUGGCUGGAGUGUGUAUGAUGGAAGACAGCCCAAAGAUCUCUUGACUUCCUACACAGCUUCCAGAGCCAUUAAGAAGCACCCCAACAUCUUGCCAUAUAUUGGCUACGUAUUCUUCUAUGCUUCAGUAUUGACAGGACCGGCUUUUGACUAUGCUGACUAUGACAAGUUCAUUCAUUCCACUUUGUUUGACGAUGUGCCGGAUUCUAAGCGUCCGGGUCGUAACAAGAGAAGAAUCCCCAGAAGUGGCAGACAGGCACUUUACAAAACUUUGCAGGGUUUUUUCUGGGCUUUCUGGCUAUUCCAGGUUCCUAGAUACGUCAAUCUUGAAUAUGUAUUAAGUGGUAAGUUCUACGCCAACCACAACUUCAUCUACCGUAUCAUCUACUUGUGGAUCUUGGGCUUCACUCACAGACUCAAGUACUAUACUAUCUGGUUGAUAGCUGAAGGUGCUUGCAUUUUAUGUGGCAUAGGCUACAACGGCUAUGAUGCUGAAACGGAUACCUUCAAAUGGGAUAGAGUUCAGAACAUAGAUCCUUGGGCAUUUGAAACAGGCCAAAAUGUUCAUACUUGUUUAGAAGCCUGGAACAUGAACACCAACAAGUGGCUCAAGAACUUUGUCUACUUGAGAAUUGCUAGACCAGGCAAGAAGCCUGGCUUUAAGAGUACUUUGUUCACUUUUGUUACUAGUGCCUUUUGGCAUGGAACUAGACCAGGAUAUUAUUUGACGUUCGUACUUGGGGCUGUUCUGCAAUCUUUGGGUAAGAUCUACAGGAGAAACUUGCGUCCAAUCUUCUUGGAAGCAGACGGAAAGACUCCUAAACCAACUAAGAUAUACUACGAUAUUGUUUCGUUGAUUGUUACACAGCUUCUCUUUGGUUUUAUUUCUCAGCCAUUUGUCAUCUUGGAUUUCAAGCUUUCUCUUUACUGUUGGGCUACAGCUUAUUUCUACGUUCCGGUUGUAGCCAUUGUCACGUUCUUCCUCUUUAGGGGUCCAUACGCUAAGGUAGUCGUCAAGUGGUGUAGAUCCCAUUCUGCCUCUGCACAAGUUCCUAAGGAAGCACUUGAUAAUAUUAAGCUCACUUCCAAGGAAGCAGAAAAGGUCAAGAGCCAUUUGGACAGUAUCUUGGAAAGAGAAUUCGACACAUUAGGAUUACCACCUAUUGAUGUCCUUGAAACUGUAGACAAGAAGGAAUUCGACGAAGACGUAAAGGACUUGGCCGAAGCCUGGCGUUCGUUCAGGGGCCGCAGGGGUUCUAUUAAGGAUGAUGAUUUUGAAGGCUUAAAAGAUGCCUACAACAAUUUCACUAACGAGAUUAACGAGAUCUUCACCUCCAAGAAAGAAGAGUUUAGCAAAAAACCAGCGACAAUGUCCAAGGCCAAUAAGGUCGAUUGA